AUUGUUGUGAAGUGACGUCACCGCCAGAAGAUGAAGGCGCAGAGGCAGCCAUUACUCGAGGUUCUGUGAUUAUUACCACCGAAUAAAUAUUGGCGAAUAAGUUCCAUGGCAAGAACCACUAGUCAUAUUUAUGAUGCUGUUCCUAUUCAAUCCAGUGUUAUUUGUUCCUGUCAUCAUUCUCCAUCAAUGGUAAGAAAUAAGCCUGAUUCUAGAUCGCCGCUCGCCAUACCAGGCGCCAGCUGCAGCCCAAGCCACAAAAUGGAAGGCACUACAGCGGGAAUGAGAACCGCCCUGGAAAAUAUGGAAGAGCAGCAACCAUCUAUACAGCAGCCAAAAAGAAAAAGACCUGAAGACUUUAGAUUUGGGAAAAUAUUAGGAGAAGGAUCUUUCUCUACGGUUGUACUAGCAAGAGAAUAUUCAACAGAUAAAGAAUAUGCAAUUAAAAUUUUGGUGAAGCGCCAUAUCAUUAAGGAAAACAAGCCACAUUAUGUUAAAAGAGAGAGAGAUGUGAUGUCAGACCUGGAUCACCCUUUCAUUGUAAAACUUUAUUUUACUUUUCAAGAUGAUGAAAAACUAUACUUUGGUCUUAGCUAUGCUAAAAAUGGGGAACUGCUUAAAUACAUUCGCAAAAUAGGUUCAUUUGAUGAGACCUGUACGAGGUUCUACUCUGCUGAAAUAGUAUGUGCAUUAGAAUAUUUACAUAAGAAGGGGAUUAUUCACAGGGACCUUAAACCAGAGAACAUUUUACUCAGUGAGGAGAUGCACAUCCAAAUUACAGAUUUUGGAACAGCCAAACAGUUGUCUUCAGAUAGCAGACAAGCAAGGGCAAAUUCAUUUGUAGGAACAGCACAGUAUGUUUCUCCAGAGCUGCUAACUGAAAAAUCUGCAUGUUUAAGCUCUGAUCUCUGGGCCUUGGGUUGUAUUAUCUAUCAACUUGUGGCUGGAUUACCACCUUUUAGAGCUGGAAAUGAAUACCUUAUUUUCCAGAAGAUCAUUAAACUGGAGUAUGAAUUUCCUGAGAAAUUUUUUCCAAAAGCAAAAGACCUUGUUCAGCAGUUGUUGUCAUUAGAUCCUACCAAAAGGUUAGGCUGUGAAGAGAUGGGAGGAUACAAACCCUUAAGGGCACAUCCAUUUUUUGAGUCCAUUACUUGGGAGAACCUUCAUUUACAAACUCCCCCUAAGCUUACACCAUAUUUACCGGCAAUGUCGGAAGAUGAUGAAGACUGCUAUGGAAAUUAUGAUGAUCUUUUGAGUCAGUUUGGUAGCAUGCAGGUUACUCAGUCAUCAUCUGUAACGGAGUUUACACAGUCACAGCGAUCAAGUAGUAACAUUGAACAGUACAUCCAUGACCUGGACAACAACUCAUUUGAGUUAGACUUGCAGUUUUCUGAUGAAGAGAAACAGCUUCUACUUGAAAAGCAGGCUGGAAGAAAUCAAUGGCACCAGUUUGUAGAAAAUAAUUUAAUAUUGAAGAUGGGUCCAGUAGACAAAAGGAAGGGCCUGUUUGCAAGGAGACGUCAGCUUUUAUUAACUGAAGGACCCCAUCUCUACUAUGUAGAUCCAGUUAACAAAGUACUUAAAGGGGAAAUUCCGUGGUCACCUGAAUUACGGCCAGAAGCAAAGAAUUUCAAAACGUUUUUUGUGCAUACACCUAACAGGACCUAUUAUCUUAUGGACCCUAGUGGGAAUGCUGACAGAUGGUGCAAGAAAAUCCAAGAAGUGUGGCGGAAAAACUAUCAUAGGCACCAGAAUGCUGGCAUCUAGCACAGAACAAAAAAAGAUCCCAGCAGCCUCCUAGCACAUCCCUCUCUGUUACCAGACUUCAUUUCCAAAUAGACAUCUGUAACACAGCAAAGAAAGCCUUCCAGAUUAGAAUGCCUUGAUACCAGAAGCAUUUUAAAAUCUAUCUCCGUGUGCUGGCUUCUGAAUUUAUUCCCUUUGUGUUUUUCCUACUUCUUUUUUUUCUCAAGCAAACAAAUGGAAUUCAGGGUUGCUUUGCUUGUUCUUUGUGCUUUUUUAUGUUGAAGCUUCAGGUGCAAUACCAUCAUGUGCAAAUGAAGAUAUUUGCCUUUUGUCUACUUAAGCUCUACUGCUAUGAAAAGGAAGGUGAUGCUACUGUGCUUUACAGCUUCAUUUGAGAUUAUGUAGAAUCAAAUGCACAUGUCCCUAAUGAUGUACAUUUGCCCUGUGCUUGGGGGGUUUAAUUCUGCGACUUUAGUUUUGUCUUCAGCCAUAUGUUUUGUCAGGGAGCCCUUGAGAACUUUUGCUUACUUGUCUGCCUCUCAUUGGGCAUUUUCUCUUUCUGCUGCUCAUAGUCGAAAUGGUGAGCGCCUUGUUUCAUUCUUAAUAUGGGAACUGAUUGGAAGUUUACAGUGGUACUUGUAUAGUAUUGAGGUCUGUAUUCUGACGUUAUGAGCAGACUGGCGCAUUACUGUAAACAAUUGAUCAGUGUCGACAGAGCAAGUGGAGAGUAACAAAAACUCUUCAAAUAGAAAAAAAUAUAGAUGUAGUCAUAGUAGAACCAACAGUUGCCUCUGUGUCCAGCUUUACAUCUUGGACAAAUUAUUUUGUGACGGUGUCUCUUACUCCAUGUUCACUCUUGUAAAUAUGUAUAUGGAGAAAGAGAAGUGCCUCUGUUGUAAUGUCUCUUAAAAUGUACUGGAAAGUUGACUUUUCCAGGACCUGUCCUUAAGGUAACGAUAUCUUGAUGGAAUCUCUUUUUAAAUUAAAAUAAAAGAAUAGUCAUGCGCAGAUGUUAUGCCAUAGCUGGCAUUUAGUGUAUCCAGUUCAGCCAGAUUAGCAAUCGAAACACGCUAUUAUUCUUGUGUGUGCACUGUUAAAAGUUAGUUUUUUUUUUUUCUACAUUAUAAUAACAAAAAUGUAGAAGCCAAAUACUCUCAAACCAAUGAUUUACAAUACAGUUGUAAGUCACUUCACUGUCAGGCUGAACUUAAAGACAAUAUUGUAGUAUAAUAAGAUAAUACUUCAUCCAAGGUUUACAAUCCAAAUCGGAUCCCACAAUCUAAUGUUUUGUAGCUGGCAGUGAGAGACACUUCAGACUGCCUGAAAGUAAUGCUCACUGAAGUGACAUGAAGACUCAGCAGCACCUUCUUGCAGUUAGUCUGCUACAAAUGGCUGUGUGUUUCCUCAGAGCAGCCUCCAAAAGUUUUAUUGUGCUUCGUAUGUCCAGAAACGCUACCAAGUCAUGCAGCAGUUGAAUCUGCUGUAUUUAUCUUUCAGAUUAAUAAGUGCAGGAAGUGUUUAGUUUCUCUUGCUAGUAUGUUGUUAUGAUUAUUUUUUUAAUCAGGUUGGCAACAGUCGGUUACAUUGUGUAUUUAAUACUCUCUACCUGGUUUGUAGCUGACUAGAACUGUGAUGUACAGACAACGUGUAAUUGAAAUCUGAAGCAAGUAAUGCAGCGAUAUUAGGAUACACACUUUUUUGUAUUUUUAUUCUUGUAUAAGGUUAUUUGCUGGCUGUUGUUAGCCUCUAGUUCAAUCUGUGUUAUUUAAAUUCUAAUAUAUGAUUUAUAUUUGGAUUGAAGUCAUGUUCAUGGGCCAUGUUGUGUAUGUAUUGAGAUGUAAAGCCUUUGAAUGUGAAUAAUUAUUGUAAACUAUGAUAUUUUACAACCUUUCUUCCUUUAUUAUAUAAAUUUUCUAUUUGGCAGUGAGUUAAUCACAUUUCUCAUAAUUUAAUGAAUCUGUUCAUUCUGUUUUCAAUAUUUGUGCUUUAGGUGUAGUUAAUGAAUGAUGAAUUUUACACAUAAUGCUUGAUAGUCCUAUAAUAAAAGCAUGUAGGGUUCUAGGCUUAUAAUAA